AUGGCUGCCACUUCAGAAACAUCACAGUCCUCGUUGCCGAUCCUCGGGCCGAUACGAAAGACCCUCUCGCCGUUCGAACUUGUGAUCACUUGCAAUCCACCGAUCCUCGAAUCACUCCUCGCCCAAGUGCCGACCGAGACCAUCUUCAGGCUAUACCAGACUUCAUCGUACCUACGGGACUUCUUUUCGAGAUCUCCCACGUCCUGGCGAUAUAUCUCAUGGCGUCUGUAUCAACCUGCAGCCACCACCGCCGCCGUCACGGUUAACCUCUCUGGAAACGCAUCACGGUCAUCGAGCAAUUACGCCCUUGAUCAAAUUAUCCUCACAGUCAUAAACCCCUUCAGCACCAGACUGGCCAGCCUGGAGUUGGACAAUACGGCCGUUAGUGGCACAACCUUGACGUCUACCGUGCUGAUAUUAAGGAGAGAGACUCUUCGCCACGUAUCGGUCCGAGGGUGCAAGAAUGUCUCUUUAAAAUACCACAUCAACCCAUGGCUGCAAAUGCACGCCUUGGCUCGCGAAUCCCCAGAUGCCGGAGGGCCCCCUGGUUUCGAGAAACUGGCUCUGAAGAGUUUAUAUACCUAUCGAUGCCGCCAUCAUAGGAGGAGACCCUAUCUACCGAGUAGUCUUGCGCGGAAGGAGAGCGACAGUGAACCCACUCAUGAACUGGUCUUGACAUGCCAUAAACUAGGCAUCUGGACAGAUACCGCUUGGUGCACCACGCCCGGAGCCAGGUGUUAUCGCCGGAGAGGAUAUGUGAAACUGCGCAUGCCGCAGGAUCCCAGGGAGGUCUGGGUGGUCUAUGAUCGUCUGUGGAGGAGCCGGAAUUGGCUGGGCCCCACCGAGCAGCCCAAAACCUAUUCGUUAAUGAAGAAGCGGAAAUGGGACUGCAGGAGUUGGGAAAUUGACGAGGAAGGCAUGAACGGCGAAGCCAUUGGGACAGGCCUAGAGGGCAAAGCAACGCCGGCGCAUCUAAGAGAGUCCCAUCGAAAAUUUGUUGAAAAUAUCACUUGCCACAACUGUUCGGUGGAGAUCCUCGAGCGAUGUGAACAAUGCUCUGUAAUGAUGCACUGUGUCGGGUGCAGGAAGACAUUAUGUGCCAGUUGCGCCUUCGAUCGUCCUUAUCUGCGAAACAAGAAUGCUCCCGAGGAAGAGCGAAACAAGUUCUGGUGGGCUCCCGGUUACGCCGUCUCUCCGUGUUCUAUGCAAGAUCAAGACUUACCUCCAAAUGGAGCGGCCAACGGCAACCAAAACGCAAACGCGAACACUCUGCCGAAUAUCAAGUUCAAAUGGUGCUGUACAGAGCCACUCUUUUCGGGUGGUGGUGGCAUUACCUUCAGCAACAGUUCAAAUCGAGAUAGCGAUCGCAUUCGCGCAGCACCGCUCCCAGCUGGACAAGGAUGGGAGGACCCUGAAUUUGACCAUCAUCUUCCCAACUUUUUCUGCCUAAAAAGUUGGCGGGGACCCGGCGACGGUCCUGGAGGCGUUUGGGGGUCCAUCAAUGAUCUUUUCGGCGCCGUCGAAGAUCUGAACACUGGAGAACAUCCCUCGUCAGUACCUAGGGUAUUGUGUGAUGAGUGCUAUAGUUCAGAGCAGUGGAAGUUCAAAUGCAAGGCUUGCUCGACACCAAUUUGCAUCAAACAUGAUAUUGGCGAUCGUGUCAAAGCUCGGAUAUGCGGCUACAGAGAAUUGUCUGUCGAGAAACAGGAGUUCAAGGCGAGCGAGAAGGCCUUAAAGUUGCUCACUAUGCUGCGGCAACCGAAAAGAAAACAACAAACUGAAGCAGGGCAAGUGGAAUCCGCCGAGAUUGGGAUGCUUGCCAGCUCACCGAAAGUUGGUAAAACUGCCGUCAAGUCACGCCCCUUAUUCCCUCAAUUAUCCUCGCCAGCAGCAACAGGCUCCGCAACCCCUGAAGCUUCGAUGAACGCGGAAGUUGGAAGCGCUUUGAGACCAGCGCGAACAAAUCUAGUGGAAGUUGAUCGGCCCCAGCGUCCACUAUCACCAGCUUCGAACAGCACCGGGCCACAGUCCCGAUCAACGUCCCCAACACCCUCAGCACAUUCAAUACCCGCGACACCUGAGCCGAGCUCCGCGCCUCGACGGCCAGCUCGACCUGACAUUGAGUCACAUCCCAGAUGGCGAGGUUGUAAGGCGUUUUUCUGCCCGCCAUCGCGUUCCGCGCCAGGCGACCACAGGCGACGCUGUACAGCGGCCAUGAAGCCCUGCAUGGAAUGCAAAGUCUAUGUUUGUGCUGAUUGUGCUAACACCCUUGAUCCCCCGUGUCCUUGCAAGGGAUGUCGAUCUCCACAGAUAGAAGGGGACAAUCACGUAUCUGUAAACGUCUCACCGAAUACUGGAUCGUCCGAUGCACCUUUGUUUUUCUGCCCCAACUGCCGGUGGGAGAGAAUGCGAUCUGGCAAAUGCAAACGGAGGACACCAGCAUUUUUGGGUGCUCGGUCGUGGCAUAGCAAGAAGACAAAGAAGCGGAAGGAUAAGAUACGCAAACCUCUAGAAGCCCGACGGACUAGCCACGGAUCAGGGGCGAGCCCCUCAAGCACAGAAGAGGCGAUCGAUGGGCUGGUGGAGUUCUUCACGAGUCUGAACGUUCAAUACCCUAGUGUGAGCCACCCCCAAACAGAAACGAGCGUGCCGUCGCGGUCAGGUGUUGAUGGCCAAGCAGAGGGAGGAAGCAAUCAGCACGAUAUCCAGGAGUUAGAAGAUAUGGGCGCUCUGGCCCGGGACUUGAUUCGCCGGAUCCAACGUUUGAGAGACCAAUUUCCCCCGGGGUCGCUGGCCGCUCUCGCUCUCCCGGAUAUUCGUCUAGAAGACGAAGCAGAAGUCGCGGUAAGGAUCGCACGGACAGCGAGCGAAGCGGCUCGAGCAAUGAACCCCCAGGCGUUGGCGAUUCAGAUGGCAGCAGAGCUCGCAGAUGCUCACUAUCACGGUGGGCAUGUCGCUCUGCAUUCUGUACCUGCGCCGACGAAUGAGAAUGGUAAUGCCGAGGACCAUCAGUUCGAGCAGGCCAGGAACCAGAUUCCGGGUGCGCAUGAGAACAGAAUCGAAACCCCUGGACCAGCGGAAUUGCUCGAGGACGAAGAAUUGCAGGAUGAAGACGACGGACAAUUCGAGGAGAGGGAAUCAAGUACAGAAUAA